UGUGGUGUACGCGCCACCAGCUGGACUUCACCUACUGAACUUAAAGUACUUUUAACAUCAUCCACCUAUUCAGAUAAUGCCGUUUUCAUUUACGUUAAACUUAAGCAACACAUCCGUGGAGAUGGACACCUCCGCAGAUGAGCCCCGAAACGAGCAACUGGCUCAAAUCGAGAUCGCGCUUCUGAGCGUCAUCUUCCUCUGCGCGUCCACUCUGAACUUCAGCCUGCUGCUGGUCCUGUGGAGGAAACGACAACAGAUGUCCAGAAUGCGCGUGUUCGUGACCCACCUCUGUUUGGCGGACCUGGUGGUCGCGUUUUUCCAAGUGUGCCCUCAGCUGAUGUGGGACAUAACUGACCGCUUCGUCGGUCCGGACCUCGUAUGUCGUUUGGUCAAGUAUCUGCAGGUCGUCGGCAUGUUUGCGUCCACUUAUAUGAUAGUUGUGAUGACUGUUGACCGCUAUCAGGCGAUCUGCAACCCGAUGGUGACUUUCCAGAGGAGGCGCGCGCGCUGGAAUCUGCCCGUGUGCGUCGCGUGGCUGGUGUCGUUCGUUUUAAGCGUACCGCAAUUGUUUAUUUUCUCCAGAGUUCAAAUCGCCCCGGGGGUCUACGACUGCUGGGCUGAGUUUGUCCAGCCGUGGGGACCUAAAGCGUACGUGACAUGGACGACGCUGGUGAUUUUUCUGGUGCCCGUGGUAAUGGUGACUGCCUGUCAGGUGCGCAUCUGCCGCGCGCUCCAGAUCAACCUGUAUCUAAAGACGCAGCAGCAACAGCGGGGAGACGAAGGACACUCGCACCCACUCUCCUCCAGAGCCAGCAAUGUGGUGUCGGUGUCCAAAUCUCGGAUUAAGACGGUGAAGAUGACUGUGGUGAUCGUGCUCGCCUACACUGUUUGCUGGGCUCCUUUCUUCACCGUGCAGCUGUGGUCUGUGUGGGACGACGACGCACCGACCGAGACUGCAACCUUCACCAUCCUCAUGCUGCUGGCGAGUCUGAACAGCGUUGCCAAUCCAUGCAUCUACCUGCUGUUCACAGUGAAGUUUCCAGAACUCUUAGGGUCUCUGCUGUGCAUGAAACACGCUGAGAAGAAGGAGCCACUGCCUGAGGAGACUACAAUGGUCAGCUCUCUCUAUCUGAGCUUUAAAAGCCACUCUGACAUACGGUGAAAAAGAAACAAUGUUCUGUACUUUGCGCAUGUAUGCCAGUAUUCUCUGUACAUUUACCAUGUAAAUAAUUUGUAAAUUUAAUAAGUGUUCAGUACCUCUGUAUAUACAACAUAAUUUAUAUAGUGCUGUUACCAUCUAGUACCAUCAGUGCAUCAUGGUACGAGAACAAUACAUUAUUUAAAGUAGACAUUUGUUAAAUUAAUUAAAUUUAAAUUAAUGGUUUGGCACAAUGUGCCUAUUGAGUACAUGCAUGUUUCUAUCAUAGUUAUUUUUGAAAUAGCUGCAUGUCAUUUCAUCUGCAAUUACAUCCUUAAACUUUCAUAUAAAACCAGACCUGACCCUAACCUUCCCUGUAUCCUACCUCAGUAGCACCAAGUAUUUUGGAAUACCAUAUGAACACAAUAAGUACAUUGCAUUUAUUUUUUGGAUGGAAGUACAUUGUUAUGGGGCCUUAAAUUUUACAUUUUGAUUAUGUGUCUGUUAUAUAGGCUCUUAAAUAUUCUAUCAUUUGAUAUAUUUAUCUGUACAUAUUCAAUUCAAUUUAGCUUUAUUUGUAUAGCGCUUUUACAAU